CGAUAAUGACACAUACUAGAUGAAAUCGUUCCUCCUUGCAUAUCUGAUCUCUUCACUCUCGUUUUUCUUUUCUCAUACAUGAAUUGAUGCUGUCUCAACUUACUGGCUAGCUUCAAGUAGCUUUAAUUAGCUGCCCAGUACCUAUCUAAUCGCGACUAUCUAGGCGUUUAAUAAGAUCAGACAUCCGACAAAGUCAAUUACGUACUCUACAACGAACUAGUAACUUGCAUAACACAAAGCUACACACGAUAUCCUCGUUGGUUGUACAAUGGCUACACCUUGGAUUCCCCGAAUGCAUCUCUGGGAGAUCGACGAUCAGCCGUGGUUCCCCUCCUUCCUCCGCAACUACGUUCAGAUCGGUCUAACACAUGCCUGGACCACCCACCUUCCACUGCUGCAGUCUGGCAGCCCCGCCACCCUCGUGGCCGCGAUUCUGCGGCGCGUGCUCGGCGCAUCUGUAUCGCGGCACACCUAUAUUGACUUCUGCGCCGGCGCGGGGGGUCCCACGCCCUUUAUAGAGCGCGCCCUGAACCAGCAGCUCUCCAACUCCACCACCUCCUCUACCGCACCGAGCUACGCUGCCGUUGCCGACCCUAAAACUGCAUCUGCCACCGCAGUAGACUUCGUACUCACGGACCUACACCCGAACGUCGAGUCCUGGGAAGAAGCGAGCAAGAAGAGCGAUCACCUAAGCUACGUCGCGCGCCCCGUCGACGCCUCCGCCGCACCCGCCGAACUCCUGCACCAAUAUGGCAAAGAGAACAAGAACGGCAAGGGAAUAUUCCGGCUCUUCAACCUAGCAUUCCACCACUUCGACGACAACCUCGCGCGCGCGAUCCUAAAGAACACGCUCGAAACUAGCGAAGGAUUCGGCAUAUUCGAGCUCCAAGAACGCACCCUCUCGGGCUUCACGACCUGCAUCCUCUUCGGCUUCUUCAUCCUACUAAUCGCGCCCAUCCUGUACUGGUGGAAUCCCCUGCGGCUUCUCUUCAUCUACCCCCUCCCCGUCGUCCCCUUCGUCCUCGUCUUCGACGGCCUAAUCUCCUCCCUCCGCACCCGCACCGCCGACGAAGUCGAAGCUCUCCUACGCACCUGCGGCGCCGACUGCGACGGGUGGGAGAUAAAGAGCGGGCGCGAGCGCUUCCUCUGGCCUUGCGGGUACCUGAACUGGGUUAUCUGCACCAAGAAGUCCGCGCUGCCGUGAACGGGGGGUGGUGAUCUAGGAAGGAUUCGGACCGUAGGAUAAGAAAGGAUCGAUGUCGGCGCGAAGCGUAGGAUAUCUAAGGAUGACAAAAUAACGCAACGAAUUGGUUUUUUUUUCUCGCUUACAUAUCUGUUACACUAUCAGCUCGGAACAUUUCCAUUGUAAUUAAUAAUAGGCUGCGAGAUCUUAGAAAUAGAGCUAGACGCCUCGUAUAGCGAGCCCCGGAUCUAGAUUAGCCAGUUAUAUCCCCUGUUAUCGAAAUCGUUGGGUUCGGAAUCAGCCAUCAAUAUUCCAUAUUAUGUACAGGGAAGCAUUGCUUGCUCACUGCCAAUUUCAAGAUAGAUACAGAAUAUACAGAAGACGUUAUCUUUGCAUU